UAUUUAAGGAACCAACAGCGAUUGUACGCAUUUCACGUGUUGUGGACAACAUCAAGACCUUGAUUUUUCUUAUUUUGAACGUAACGAAUAUUUGUCCCAUUUCAUCAUGGGUUUCGCUGCAGAACUGACAGCGGCACUUGCACUUGUUGUGGUGGUGUACUGGUGGUUUAAACAUGUGAUCGGUGUAAGAAAUAAAUUGAAAUGGUGCAAGAAGAAAGAAGGCCUUCCUAUUGUAGGAACUGCAUUCGAUUUUUCAGGAGGGUCAACUGAGCACUUACCGACCUUUCAAAAAAUGAUCGACAUGAGUAAUGGAGAUAAAUAUGUUUUAUUUGAAAUUGUUUACAGACCUCAUUUGCUAAUAACCAAUUAUAAACUUUUAGAAUUUGUUUUGGGAUCAAAUUCGUUAAAAUUGCUUAAUAAAUCAGACGUUUAUCAUUAUUUACACAGUUGGUUAGGAACUGGACUUUUAACAUCUGGAGGGGCUAAAUGGAAGUCCAGGAGGAAAAUUAUAACUCCAACUUUCCACUUCCAAAUAUUAGAACAGUUUAUUGAAGUAUUUGAGGCGAAUGGAAAUAUUAUGAUGAAAAAAUUGGAACAGGAAAUUGGCAAGGAUAGUUUUGAUAUGUAUCCCUAUAUCACUUUGUGUGCUUUAGACAUCAUUUGUGAAACUGCAAUGGGAGUAUCAAUUAACGCUCAAGAUUUCGCCCACUCUGAUUACGUGAAUAGUGUGAAAGAAAUGUGCAGAAUAAUUGUCGAAAGAUCAUUUUCCCCCAUUGAAAUGUUUGAUGUUUCGUAUAAAUUUACAAAAAAUUACCAAACCGAGAAGAACGCCCUUAAGAUUUUACACGACAAAACGAACAGUGUGAUAAAUCAGCGCAGAGAACAAUUAAAAAAUAAGGAGAACAAAAUGGCGGAGAAAGAUGAUGAUGUUGGGGUUAAGAAGAAAAUGGCAUUUUUAGAUAUGCUUCUACAGACGACUGUAGAUGGGAAGCCUUUAUCUAAUGAGGAUGUGAGGGAAGAAGUUGACACAUUCAUGUUCGAGGGACAUGAUACUACUGCAUCAGCUAUGACUUUUGUAGCUUAUUUGUUGGCAAACAAUCCAGAAGUUCAAAAACUUGCUUAUGAAGAGCAGUGUAGCAUAUUUUCUGACGAUAAAAAUAGGCCAACCACCAUGAGAGAUUUGCAAGAAAUGAAGUACCUUGAAAACGUUAUAAAGGAAACAUUAAGAAUGUAUCCAUCAGUGCCGUUCUAUGCCAGAUGUGCAGCAGAAGAUAUAGAAUACGAAGAAGGAAAAAUUAUACCAAAAGGCACAAACCUCGUUAUAUUCACUUACGGGGUUGGCAGAGACAAGGAUUAUUACCCAGACCCAGACAAAUUCAACCCAAGCAGAUUCGACCAGAUGGAUGGAAAAAGUCCUUACUCUUACAUACCUUUCAGUGCUGGCCCACGUAACUGUAUCGGACAAAAAUUUGCAAUGCUUGAAAUGAAGUGCACUAUAUCAAAAUUAAUUAGACACUAUGAACUUAAACACAGCAUACCAGAACACACACUGAAGCUGGCUGCAGAAACCGUAUUGAAAUCGGCAAAUGGUGCCCGAAUUAGGAUUAAACCAAAAACAAUUGCAAACAUUUCAUAUGUUGAGGGCAAUCUAAAGACCUUGAUUGUUCAUACUCCGAAUAAAACGUAUAUUCGUCCCAUUUAUUUGAUCAUGGGUUUCGCUGCAGAACUGACGGCGGCACUUGCUCUUGUUGUGGUGGUGUAUUGGUGGUUUAAACAUGUUAGUGGUGUAAGAAAUAAACUUAAAUGGUGCAAGAAGAAGGAAGGCCUUCCGAUUAUUGGUAACGCGUUGGAAUUUUCAGGGGGAUCAACUGAAUACCUACCAACCCUUCAAAAAAUGAUCGACAUCAGUCAUGAAGACAAAUACGUAUUUAUUGAAAUUGCUUACAGGCCAUUUUUGGUAAUCACCAAUUACAAACUUUUAGAAUUUGUUUUGGGUUCAAAUUCACUAAAACUGCUUAACAAAUCCGAUGAUUACCAUUAUCUACACAGUUGGUUAGGAACUGGACUUUUAACAUCUGGAGGAGCUAAAUGGAAGGCAAGAAGGAAGAUUAUAACGCCAACAUUUCACUUCCAAAUAUUGGAUCAAUUUAUUGAGGUAUUUGAAGCCAAUGGAAAUAUUAUGAUGAAGAAACUAGAACAGGAAAUUGGCAAGGAUAGUUUUGAUGUGUAUCCUUAUAUAACAUUGUGUGCCUUAGACAUAAUUUGCGAAACUGCUAUGGGGGUAUCAAUUAACGCUCAAGACUUCAAGGACUCCGAGUACGUGAAUAGUGUAAAAGAUAUGUGCCGAAUAAUUGUUGAAAGAUCAUUUUCCCCCAUAGAAAUGUUUGAUAUAUCAUAUAAAUUCACUAAAAAUUACCAAACAGAGAAGAAAGUACUUAAGAUUUUACACAACAACACGAACAGUGUGAUAAACCAGCGUAGGGAGCAGUUAAAAAAAAAGAACGAAGCAAUGGAGAAGGAAGAUGAUUUUGGAGUUAAAAAGAAAAUGGCAUUCUUAGAUAUGCUUCUACAAGCAACAGUCGAUGGAAGACCUUUAACCAAUGAAGAUGUACGAGAAGAAGUCGACACAUUUAUGUUUGAGGGGCAUGAUACUACAGCAUCAGCUAUGACUUUCGCAGCUUAUCUGUUGGCAAACAAUCCAGAAGCUCAAAAACUGGCUUAUGAAGAACAAUGUAACAUAUUUUCUGGCGAUAAAAAUAGGCCAACCACCAUGAGGGAUUUGCAAGAAAUGAAGUACUUGGAGAACGUGAUAAAGGAAACAUUAAGACUAUAUCCAUCAGUGCCGUUCUAUGCAAGAUGCGCAAGCGAAGAUAUAGAAUAUGAAGAAGGAAAAAUCAUACCACAAGGCACAAGUGUCGUCAUAUUCACUUAUGGAGUUGGCAGAGACAAGGAUUAUUAUCCAGACCCAGAAAAAUUCGAUCCAAGCAGAUUUGAGCAGAUAGAUGGAAAAAGUCCUUACUCUUACAUACCUUUUAGUGCUGGGCCUCGAAACUGCAUUGGCCAAAAAUUUGCCAUGCUUGAAAUGAAGUGUACUAUAUCAAAAUUAAUUAGACAUUAUGAACUUAAACCUAGUGUACCAGAACACACGGUGAAGCUGGCUGCAGAAACAGUAUUAAAGUCAGCAAAUGGCGUCCGUAUUAAAAUUAACAAACGUGGUUAGAUGUGAAGAGAUCUUAUCUAACAUUUUGAGUAUAAAUUUUAUGUUGUAAUAAAAUUUUUAGGUUGUUGUAGUUA